GCUGACAAAAUUCUCAGGGCACUUUGGGCACUUCAGCCAUUCCCAUUUCUCUCCGCGACUCGCGGAACGGACUUCUACAGCUCUCCACGGACAUCUCUGCAGUUCUCUAGCCUACUCGAUGUGCCGAUAACGUUGAAGAAAACAUCGAUCGGUUGAGAGUGAUGUCAGGACUGGUAGGCUCUGCUGCGUCCGAAGCUAGAGAGUCGUCGAGCAAGUCGUUCUUGGCUGCGCGAUGCUAACGAUGCUCGUCGCUGCACCUUCACGCACGUCCAUUCGGAAAGCAGAGAGGAAACCCCAGAAAGGAAUGUCCUAGACACAGGAAUUAUAGAGGAGAUACGCAAGAGGGUUUUUCGCCGUCCGAGGCGAGUCGGCGGCUCCUGGUCAGCGCCAUGGCAACCGCGUCUGCGCGCCUCGCGCUGGUGCUGCUGCUGCUGGAAUCCGCGCUCAUUGGCGCGCUAGUCCGCGCCAGCCAUGCGCUCCACGCGUCGGGAUUGGUGGGCGACAUGGGGUUCGAGCGGGGCAUGUCGCUGUUCCGGCAAUGGGAGGCCGCGUACGGCCUCAAGCCCGAGCAGCGCCUCCCCCCCACCAACGUCUCCCUUCCGCCCAACGUGCCCCCCGCGCCCCACCUGGAGGAGUGUGAAGCGCGCUCGGCGCGGCGGCGGGAGGCGGAGCAGCGCGGGGCGAAUGGGGAGUCGCCGGAAUGGGCGCGACCAAAGGACUGCUGCAACUGUGACCCGCAGCCUCCAUGGGUGCGGGGGGCGGAGGCGGAGAACCUAGCCAAGACGCGCGUGUCGCAGAGGGACAUCUGGGAGCGGCAGUUCCCAGCAGGCGAUUGCGAGGGGCAGAGGCUGCUGGUGCUGCCGUGGUCCACACAGCAGAUGCGCGGCGUGGGGUCCGGGAUCCAUGUCACGGGGUUGUUUCUGAGUCUAUCCAUGGCGUUCAACCGCACGCUCGUGCCGUACCCUGACUCCUACCAGCACGCCAACACGCCCGACUGCAUAGCGGCGGGCCACAACAGCUCGUGGGAGUGCUUCUUUGCGCCCUUGGUGUCCCCUGCGUGUGAGGCAGUGGUGCGGCGGCUGAUGGCAGCGCCGGGGGGCGAGAACCUGACAGAGUGCACCAAUGUGGACUACAGUGGCCUCGAGACGGCCAAUGAGACGGUGGUGUGCGUGAACCCACUGCGCGUGGACCAACUCAAGCUGGAGUCGAGAGCCACCAGCCUAUGGGGCACGCCGCACUUGGACCGGGUGGACAUGGUGGAGUACAUGGGGAGGAUGGAGCAGGACGACGACUUCAAGAUGCUCGAGGUGCGCUGGUGGCGCGCGCAAGCCACGCGCUUCAUGCUGCGCUGGCCCUCCCCCUACCUCUGCCACGUCAUCAACCGCGUGCGCCACUCCUCCUACGGGCUCCACGCGGCCAUGCACCUGGCUCAGUUCGAGGAGGAGCGAGCGGAGAUCCUAAGCCUCGUAGCUGCAGGGGACCCGGUGCGUUUCCUCGUGAAAGACACGGACGGAAAGGCGGAUCUAGAAGGGGCGGCAAAAGUGCAGGCAAAGACCCUCGCUGAGUUGAGAUUCGGAGGGAAUACUUUAGAGGGGGAGGUGUGGCCGGCGAAAGGGAUGGAGUCGUGUGCGUUUGACUGCGGGCCGAACGGGGAGGGGCGGUGGAAGAGGAAGGAGGUGCAGGGGAUGCUGAAGGGGGUGGGCGGCGAGGUGUACCUGCCGCGGCCGAUGGUGAGCGUGCACGUGCGGCAGAGCGACAAGUUCAAGGAGAUGACGCUGCUGUCCUUCGCCAUGCACAUGUUCUUCACUCACAGACUCAGAGCAGCCGUGCCGGACCUCAAGAACGUGUGGCUUAACACCGAGAUGGAGUCGGUGAUAGAGCAGACCAAGCAGUACCCUACCUGGCAGUUCUUCUACUCCUCCAACCCACGCCUGCCCCUUGACGCCAACGACACGCGCGCGUACGAGUUUUCUCAGGAUGUGGCAGUCAGCCUCGCCAGUGCGCUCAUCGCCUCCGAGUGCGAUUACUUUGUGGGGUCGCUCGAGUCCAACUGGAGCCGCCUCAUCAACGAGCUCCGAAGCACCAAUGGGAGGCUAUACGCCGGGUUCAUUGCGCUCAAUAUAGGCCUCUGGUGAACUGACUUCUGUGUGGAUUCAAAAGCCCGCAUUGCCUCCAAGUGCGACUAGUACUUCGUGGGUUCAUUCGAGUCGAACUGGGGCCACCUGAUGAACGAGCUCCGGAUCAACAAUGGGAGGCUAUACGCCGGGUUUAUAGCGCUCAACAUCGGGCUCUGGCGAGGGUGGAGUGGAGUGAGGAGGUGGCCAGCUGUUUUGCACUUGAGGCGCAUCACAGGCCCUAUCCGUGCUUUUGAGAGGUGAGGUGAGGUGAGUUGAUGCAUUGCUGCUAUCAGCGCUAGCAAGGGCAAUAAGUUAGGCGCAACCCAAAGCUGAAGAGUCGUUUGUUGGAGCGGCUCAAGAAUCCUCUAGGUGCACCUCCCCUCAGCCAAUAGGGGGUUGUGGGCUAUGGCUGUACAAAAUGGUUGUAUAAGGGUGUUGUAUUCUUUCCAAGCAAUUGUUU